GCAUUAGCCCGCCACAGCACACUAUCGGCUGUUAAGCUUUUAACAGUACAAUAUCGUCUGUUAGUUAGCACUGUUUUGGCUUUUGACAAAUUCCAAAGUUCGUUCCCAUUCACAUUUGUUUACAUCAUUGUUCCCACGAAAACGAUGUCCUUGAUGUCUCAGGCGAGUCGCACAGCACCACAAAUGCUGUUGCACUUGAACCGCCACCUCGCCUUUUCCACUGCCUCCGCCACGUCGUCAGAGUCACCGGAUGUCCGCAAAAUGCUUACUCCAGCCGAGCUCCUCAGUCCAGAAUCACAAAAAAGGUGUAUGGAGAAGAUGCUUAGCCUGCCGGCGUUCCCACGUCCGAAGUCCCUGACUCCCAGUCGGCGGGAAAAGCAGACGUCUGCGGUCCUAAUUGCUCUCUGCCAGGAACGGGGCACGGACGAGAUUUCCUUGCUCUACACCCGGCGAUCACGACACAUGCGCAGCCACAGCUUCCAGAUAUCUUUUCCGGGCGGAAGGCGAGACGAUCAUGACACGAGCUACGUGGACUGUGCGUUGCGGGAGACGGAGGAAGAGAUCGGUCUGCCGCGUCACCGCAUUACGGUUUGGGGCGAGGCCAACCAACUGCAUCUGCCGAGGACAUCGUCCAUUGUACCGGUUGUGGGUGUAGUGCCAGACUUCAGCAUCUCCGAACUGCGACUGAACUGGGAAGAGGUGGAAGAAGCUUUCAGCGUACCUCUCAGAUCACUGAUGGUGCCCAAGGCCACCAGGCACACGCAGUUCCGCAGCGGCUACAGCGGACCCGUGUUCGUGGUGGAUCAUCACCGCAUCUGGGGCAUCACCGGCUAUCUGACGCACCUAUUCCUGCACUGCCUACUGCCUCCCAGUCUGCUGCCAGAUUGCCUUAAGACGAACAUCAAGUUCGUAAGGCCUUUUAAGCUACCUCCAAAGCUGCCGCAUCACCGCGAGCAUUCUGCCACGGAUCCCUCGAUGCGCACCUGAAAAGAUGUACUCGAUACCCAGGACCGUAAUCCCACUCAGGCUAGGCCCAAUGUGAUAUACUUUGAUUGGGCCGAAUAAACUCAGAAGGUUAUUGUUUCGGUCUAACCGAACAGUAGGCUAAAUUUGAUGGCGUUCUUUGUAUUCGUAUAUAUAUUUUUUUUAUUAUUGUGAAUUACAACGAAAGAUUUGCGUCUGUUUUUAUUUUAGCAAAUCUGUGUAAUAAAAUUGUUGACCAAAAUGUUGAAAUUAA